AGGCCCGCCUACUUGGGCUGCAGCCCCUUGCGGGCCUUCCUGCUGCAAGGCGCGCGGUAGGAGGAACGGCUUGGCGGGAACCGGAGGAGAGCGUGCGGAGCCUCUCGUGCUGGCGGCAGCAACGAGUGGGAGCCGGGUUCCGGCCGCAGCACGCGGAACAGAGCAGAAGGUGGCGGGGCCCGGCGAAGCCAGGAUGAAGCCCAGCAGCGAGGAGGAGGAGGUGGUGCGGGGUGUGGGCCCCUGGGACGAGUGCUUCGAGGUGGCGGUGCAAUUGGCGCUGCGAGCCGGGCAGAUCAUCAGGAAAGCCCUCACUGAAGAAAAGCACGUCUCCACAAAAACAUCUGCUGCAGAUCUUGUGACAGAAACAGAUCACCGAGUAGAAGAUUUAAUUGUUUCUGAGCUGCAAAAGCGGUUCCCUUCCCACAGCAGGUUCAUUGCAGAAGAAGCCACAGCCUCCGGAGCCAAGUGUGUGCUCACCCCCAGCCCAACCUGGAUCAUUGACCCCAUCGAUGGCACCUGCAACUUUGUGCACAGGUUCCCCACCGUGGCGGUCAGCAUCGGAUUUGCUGUUCACCAGGAGCUGGAAUUCGGAGUGAUUCACCACUGCACAGAGGAGCGGCUGUACACCGGCAGGAGGGGCCAGGGUGCCUUUUGCAAUGGCCAGCGGCUCCAGGUCUCCAGGGAGACAGAUCUCGCGAAGGCUUUGGUUCUGACAGAAAUCGGGCCCAAACGUGACCCCGAUACUCUGAAAGUAUUCCUGAGCAACAUGGAACGGCUGCUGCACGCCAAGGCUCAUGGGGUCCGAGUCAUCGGAAGCUCCACCUUGGCACUGUGCUACCUGGCCUCGGGUGCUGCUGAUGCCUAUUACCAGUUUGGCCUUCACUGCUGGGACCUGGCAGCUGCCACAGUCAUCAUUAGAGAAGCAGGUGGCACCGUGAUGGACACCUCGGGUGGACCCCUUGACCUCAUGUCAUGUAGAGUCGUUGCCGCUGGCACCAGAGAGAUGGCAGUGCUCAUCGCUCAGGCCUUACAAACUAUUAACUACGGACGGGAUGAUGAGAAAUGACCCAGCCACACAUGGAACUCGGCUCGAAGGCUGAAAUUCUGCAGCUCCCUGGGAAAGAGCCGUCCCAGUGGCCUGGGCUCCAAGGCAAAAAGUCCGCCGUAGCUCUCGCUGGGACUCGGUGCUUAGCCGGUAUCUCUCUAAUCUCACGUAGCCCUUUUCUGGUCGGUACAUGUUCUUUGAUCAGAGCCAAGCCCAAAUCUCUUGUGAGGUGUGUAUUAGUCAUUCAUCUUGAUUAUUUUUCCAGAAUGCAAAUCUCAGGUAAUAAAGCUUUAGAACUUGCUCUCAGGCCCUCCCCUGCCCAUGGUAAUACAAAAUGCAAUAAAUCAGAA